CUUAACUCUCAUUUCAUUCGUCGCCCCUUUCCUAAACCCUAACCAAAACCCUUCCUCCACUAUUUAGGGUUUAUAUCUCUCUCUCUUCUCCUUCACACUAAAUUCUCUUUCCACAGAGAAAAAAAAAAAUAAAAAAUGGGCAGCCUUCUUUUGAUUAGGAGAUCUUCUUCAUCAUCGUCCAAGAGAUUAGCUAUCACCGCUCUCAGCCAUUUCUUCUGUGAGAAGCCGCUCCCGAUUCCGUCAAAUGCCCUCUUUUCUCAACAUAUUCACACCUCUGCCACUGGUUCCUUUCUCCCCAAACCUUCUUCUGUAUUUGGAUUGACCAAGGGUUUCCAUUCGAGUCUGCCUUCGCGUGCUGGUUUUGCCGUCGCUGAUUAUUCUGACGCCGAUGAGAAAAGGGCUUCGAGUGGGCCCUCACCCUCCGAUGAAGGUCUUGAGAUCUCCAAGCUUGGUAUUUCUCAAGAGAUCGUUGGGGCUUUGGCCCGUAAGGGUAUCGAGAAGCUUUUCCCUAUUCAGAGGGCUGUCUUGGAACCCGCUAUGCAGGGUCGUGAUAUGAUAGGCCGAGCAAGAACUGGAACAGGGAAGACACUAGCUUUUGGGAUCCCUAUCAUGGAUAAAAUCAUCAAGUUCAAUGAGAAGCAUGGACAGGGCAAGAAUCCUUUAGCACUUAUUUUGGCUCCAACCAGAGAACUUGCUAAACAAGUGGACAAAGAAUUUGCAGAGGCUGCCCCAAAAUUAGACACUCUAUGCGUCUAUGGUGGUGUUCCAAUAUCACGCCAGAUGAGUACUCUUGAUCAUGGUGUUGAUAUCAUUGUUGGAACGCCUGGCCGUGUCAUUGAUUUGAUUAAGCGUGGUUCCUUGAAUUUGAAGGAAGUGCAAUUUCUUGUUCUUGACGAAGCUGAUCAGAUGCUUAACGUCGGGUUUGCAGAUGAUGUUGAGACUAUUUUGGGAUUUAUUACACAGAAGCAUCAGACAAUGAUGUUUUCAGCUACAAUGCCAAAUUGGAUUUUGAGACUUACUCAGAAGUUCUUAAAGAACCCACUUACCGUAGACCUUGUUGGAGAUUCUGAUCAGAAGCUAGCUGAUGGGAUUUCCUUAUACUCAAUUGCAGCAGACAUGCGAGAGAAGCAAGCAAUUAUUGGGAGCUUGAUAACAGAGCAUGCAAAAGGAGGUAAAUGUAUUGUAUUUACUCAAACAAAGCGUGAUGCUGAUCGAUUGGCACAUGCCAUGCAAGGGAACUUUAAAUGUGAAGCGUUGCAUGGUGAUAUCUCACAAAACCAAAGGGAGAGAACUCUUUCUGCUUUUCGAGAUGGAAGGUUCAAUACUUUAGUAGCUACUGAUGUGGCUGCCCGUGGACUUGACGUACCCAAUGUUGAUCUGAUUAUCCAUUAUGAGCUUCCAAACUCUUCAGAGAUAUUUGUCCAUCGAUCUGGACGAACAGGGCGUGCUGGGAAGAAAGGUAGUGCAAUUCUGAUAUACUCAACCCACCAAUAUAGGGAAGUUAAGUCUAUUGAGCGUGAAGUAGGAUGCCGAUUCACAGAGCUCCCUAAGAUAGCUGUUGAUGCCGCGACCAUGGAAAUGUACGGUAGAAUGGACCAAGGUGGUCGUGGAAAUUCGGGAGGUGGUCGAUUCGGUGAUUCUGGAUUUGGAGGACGAUCUGGUGGUUAUGGUAAUUCCAGGGGUAGUGGAUAUUCCGGUGGUGGUGUUGGUGGUCGCUUUGGUGGACCUGGAUUUGGUGGUCAGGGUUCUGGCGGUGGCCGCUCGAGUUUUGGAUCUGGCGGCCGGUCAGGUAGUGGUUUUGGGGACUUGGGUGGUCCGGUUAGGAAAAGUGGGUUUGGAGAAAGUGGUCCCAAUCGCUCGAGUGGUUUUGGGGACUUUGGUUCAGAUCGUUCCAGUAGGUUUGGUCGUGAUGACAGCGACGGUGACAGAAAUAAAGGGAGAAGAUUUUUCUGAACCUAGCUACUAUUCAAGUAUGAGAUGGCAUUAAAGGUGUUAAGGACAGAAGUUUACGAGGCAAUCUAGAAGAUGAUGUCACUUUGAAAGUCUCUUCCUUCCGUGACCAAAUAAUCGAAGACUUGGAUGAUAUAUAUAUAAUCAUUUAUCUCUUUGCUUGAAAAAAAAAUUAGAGAUUAAGCACAAUGCUACGAGUGUUGCUUAGGAUUAUAAUAUAUGUAAUUUAUUAUCUUGUUCUUAACAUGAUUUUCUUCUAGUGUUCAUAGUUUUUGCCGAUUUAAAACUUGGAAUGAUAUCUAGAACGUGCAAUGAUAUGAUGUGGUGGUUCUUUGCUAUAAAAUAUUUUAAAUUCAGUUUUGCAUUGUAUUCUAUAUCAGAAUGUAUACAAAAUUGGUUAUUUUGA